GUAGGGAUAGGGAUCCAGGAGGAAGUGAUAGGUACAGGAAGUGACCAGAUGAUAGGAGAUUUGGAGUGAGGACGGUGAUGAGGGUCCCAAGUUGAAUAAAAUGACCCGUGUCUUGUCUUAGGUGGUGGUCGGUCCUCAGAGAGCUCCCUCCUCCUGCCCCCUUUCUUUCUGUCUGCAGGUCCGAGGGUCUGUAGUUCAUGGACAUCUGAAGGCCAGAAGAAGAGGAGGAAACUACCCUGAAUCAAAACAGGUCAGUGUGAGGGAGGCACUAGAUGGGGAUCUCUGAAUGUGGGAGUUGGGAAGGGGGAGAGCUGGCUGAAAUUUGCGGUCUUACAGUCCACCUCCCCAUCAGCUUCUGGGCUCCCGCCCAUUGAAAAGGCCAUUAGCCUCCUCUGCUGGAGAAGCGGUGGGUUGCAGAGGGGGUAGGGGAAAGGAGGCGGAGAGGAGCCUGUGGAGGGAGGGGUGGCAUCUCCAACUCUUAAGGGUGGGACCUGUGGGGCGGGGGCGGGAGAUUAGGAGAGUAUUUUGCCUCAGAUAGAAUCUGCCAAUCCUGAAUCAAAAAAAGAAACCAAGCAGUCCGUCUCUAUAUUUUCUUCCUCGAGUUAAGCAGGAAGCAAUGACAAGAUGCAAAAACCCUGCAAAGAAAAUGAAGGAAAGCCCAAGUGCAGCGUGCCAAAGAGAGAGGAAGAACGCCCUUAUGGAGAAUUUGAACGCCAGCAAACUGAAGGGAAUUUCAGGCAAAGGCUGCUUCAGUCUCUCGAGGAAUUUAAAGAGGACAUAGAUUAUAGGCAUUUUAAGGAUGAAGAAAUGACAAGAGAAGGAGAUGAGAUGGAAAGGUGUUUGGAAGAGAUAAGGGGUCUCAGAAAGAAAUUUAGAGCUCUGCAUUUUAACCAUAGGCAUGCUCGGGACCAUCCUUAUCCCAUUUAAUGCAUUUUUUUAUGCCCUGAAUUAAACUAUUUCCUGUCAUUAAUACUGCCACCACUGCUUUCUUUUUGUCUGCGUUUUCGUGCUAAAUAUUUGAUACUAUUUUACUCCAACCCUUCUAUUGUUUUGACUUACAUAUGACUCUUGUUAUCAGGAAACCCUGGUGUGUAGUGGUUAAGUAGGCUGUGAACCAAAGGGUCAGCAGUUCGAAUCCACCUGGCGCUCCUUGGAAACUCUACGGGGCAGUUCUACUCUGUCCUAUAGGGUCGCUAUGAGUCGGAAUCAACUCGACCGCACUGGGUUUGGUUUUUUUGGUUUCUUGUUAUCAACAUCUCAUCUUUUCAUCCAAUCUCAA